GGCUGACUUCACAUCAGAACUACUGUACUGGCCUGAGACAGACGCAGCAGAGAUACACACCUGAGGCAUCUGACAUUCAAACAAUCACUCCCCAAAAAGAAAAAGUACUUCAGUCUAAUCUUUUGGUGAAAAGAACUCUUGAAGUCAUGAUUGUAUCACAGCUUCUCUCUGCUCUCACUUGUGUGCUUCUCAUUAAGGAAAGUGGAGCCUGGUCUUACAACACCUCCACAGAAACCAUGACUUACGAGGAAGCCAGUGAGUUUUGUAAGCAGAGGUACACACACCUGGUAGCAAUUCAAAACAAAGAAGAGAUUAAAUACCUAAAUUCCAUAUUAAGCUAUUCACCAAGUUAUUACUGGAUUGGAAUCAGAAAAAUCAAUAAUGUGUGGACCUGGGUAGGAACCAAGAAACCUCUGACCAAAGAAGCCACGAACUGGGCUCCAGGUGAACCCAACAAUAAGCAAAAUGAAGAGGAUUGCGUGGAAAUCUACAUCCGGAGAGAAAAAGACGCGGGCAUGUGGAACGAUGAGAGAUGCAGCAAGAAGAAGCUUGCCCUGUGCUACACAGCUGCCUGCACCAAUGCGUCUUGCAGCGGCCAUGGUGAAUGCAUAGAGACUGUCAAUAACUACACUUGCAAGUGCCACCCUGGCUUCAGUGGACUCAAGUGUGAGCAGGUUGUGACCUGUAAAGCACAGGAAGACCCUGAGCACGGAAGACUGGUUUGCACCCACCCAUUCGGGAACUUCAGCUACAAUUCUUCUUGCUGGGUCAGCUGUGAAAGGGGCUACGUGCCAAGCAGCAUGGAGACCACACAGUGUACGUCCUCCGGAGAAUGGACUGCUCCUACUCCAGGCUGCAAUGUGGUUGAGUGUGAUGCUUUGACAACCCCUGCCAAUGGGAUCAUGAACUGUUGGCGAAGUCUUGAAAGCUCGCCAUGGGACACAACCUGUGCAUUCGACUGUAAGGAAGGAUUUGAACUAAUGGGAGCCCGGAGCCUUCGGUGUACCUCAGCUGGGAAUUGGGACAAUGAGAGGCCAACGUGUAAAGCUGUGACAUGCAGCGCUAUCCACCAGCCUCAGAAUGGCUCUGUGAGCUGUAGCAACUCCACGGAAGAGUUUUCCUUCAAGUCAUCCUGCAACUUCACCUGUGAGGAAGGCUUCAUGCUGCAGGGGCCAGCCCAGGUUGAAUGCACCGCCCAAGGACAGUGGUCACAGCAAAUCCCGGUUUGUGAAGCUCUCCAGUGCACAGCCUUGUCCAGCCCAGAGGGAGGGAACAUGAGUUGUCAUCCCAGUGUUUCUGGAAGUUUCCAAAGUGGGUCCAGCUGCGAGUUCUCCUGUCAGCAGGGAUUUGUGUUGAAGGGAUCCAAAAGGCUCCAGUGUGGCCCCACAGGGGAGUGGGACAGCAAAAAGCCCACAUGUGAAGCUGUGAAAUGUGAUGCUGUCCACCCACCCCCAAGGGGCUUGGUGAAUUAUACUCAUUCUCCUACUGGAGAAUUCACCUACAAGUCCACAUGUGCCUUCAGCUGUGAGCAAGGCUUUGAAUUACAUGGAUCAGCUCAACUUGAGUGCACAUCUCAGGGACAGUGGACACAGGAGGUCCCCUCCUGCCAAGUGAUACAAUGUUCAAGUCUGGCAGUUCUGGGGAAGAUCAACAUGAGCUGCAACGGGAAGUUUGUGUUCGGCACUGAGUGCAAGUUUGCAUGUCCUGAAGGGUGGACUCUCAAUGGCUCUGUGGCUCUGACAUGUGGUGCCACAGGACACUGGUCUGGGAUGCUGCCUACCUGCGAAGCUCCCGCUGAGUCCAAUACCUUGAUAAUUGGGCUUUCUGCUGCUGGAACCUCUAUCCUGACAUUAACAUCAUUUCUCUUCUUCCUUCUGAAAUACUUGCGGAAGAAAGUAAAGAAAUUUGUUCCUUCCAGCAGCUGCCAAAACCUUGAAUCAGAGGGAAACUACCAAAUGCCUCCUGACCUCAUUUAAGUUCAAAAGAAGCAGAAACACAGGUGCAUCCAUGGAACUAGGCUCAUACACUGAAGACAACAGAGGCAGAGAGUUCUCCUUGGGUCUCCGGCCCUUCUUCCCUGCUGUACCCACUGCCUUUACAGCUGGGAUCGAGGUAUCCACCACAACUUCAAUGGAUCCUGUGGAUGAGGCCAGCCUUCCACCGAAAAGACUCAGUUUUCUCUUUCCCAGUCUCAGGGUCAAGAAAGUGCUCACUACUGAAGGGAAAGACCAUUUUCUCUCAAGCAAAGCUGAAGAGACCAAGAGUCUGGAACCUCAGAUUUCCUUUCUUACUCUCUCUUGCUCACUGUGAAAUCUCAGUGGGGAAACUAUACUUUGGGACUUUGUUUCUUUCUUUUGCCCCUCACAAUGUUUCAACUGUUGAUUACAUAGUUGCUGUCAUGGGGAUGAAUAAGUAUCAAGAGGGGAAAACAAAUUGGCCCAAAAGUAUUCUAACUUGAAAAAAUGGCAAAUUUUUAAUGUCCACAGGUGACUGCUUGAGGCAAGGGGGUGUCUUUGUAAAUGGUGCAAAUCCUACUUAAUGCUCUGUGCAAGGAUUACUAAGCACAGCCUUAGUUGCUUUUAUCCCUAUGGGAUUUAAUGCUUUUUAAAGGGUUCUUGAAGACUGGUCAUUUUACUUGAAGUGAAUGUAGUAUAAUUUUUCAUAACUCUCAAUUCAGUGCAUGCAUAGUAAGGACUUAAAAAAUUUGUAGAUGUUGUGAACUAUGAUAGGGUAAAAGUACCUUACCCUUGAUGACCCCUUCUUUGUUUCUUAAAUUAUGUUACAUCUGUAGUAAAUUUCCUUCAAAAAAGGGCAAAUAUUGUCCCCUACCGAGGCAUAAUGUUAACUAAUAUAAAGUUACGAAUGUUUUGCUAUAGUUGUUUUAAAAACAUUGUAGUAUCAGGAGAGUAAAAACUGAAUGGAUAGCACUCUGGGAGGCCGAGGCGGGCGGAUCAUUGGAGCUCAGGAGUUCAAGACCAGCCUGAGCAAGAGCGA